AGUGAGCCGAGACGGAGCGUGCCUGGCUCAGCUCAGCUGGCCGCCGUACCCAACUCCAUCAGCCCGUCAAUUAGCAGCAGCAUCACCAUCAGGCUAUUGUGUGUAUUGUAGCCAUGGCUGGCUCACUACUAAGGCGAGAGUACUACCGGGUGCUGAGGAGAGUGCUGUUGCCCUCCACCAGACAUGGGCCACCCACUUUUUUGCUGGCUGGUGUGAAGCACUGCUCUAUCUACACCACUGACCCCAUCAACCAUAAGGAGCCCACCUUCAACAAGAUCCUUGUUGCCAAUCGUGGGGAAAUUGCAUGUCGUGUAAUGAAGACAGCAAGGGAGAUGGGAAUAAAAACUGUUGCCAUUCACUCUGAUGUUGACUCUAAUGCUCCCCAUGUGAAGCUUGCAGAUGAAGCAGUGUGUGUUGGCACUGCACUGGCCAGUGACUCUUAUCUGCGCAUGGACAAAAUCAUUGAAGCCAUUAAGCACACAGGUGCCCAGGCAGUGCAUCCUGGUUACGGCUUCUUGAGCGAGAAUGCUGAGUUUGUGCAGAAGCUGGAAGAUCUAGGAGUGGCUUUCAUUGGACCCAAUGCUGCAGCCAUUGUUGGAAUGGGAGACAAACUGGAAUCGAAGAGACUGGCAAUGGCUGCUGGUGUAAACACUAUACCAGGUUUUGAUGGAAUAGUGAAGGAUGCAGAGGACUGUGUGCGUAUCAGUCGUGACAUUGGAUACCCUGUGAUGAUCAAGGCUUCAGCUGGAGGUGGUGGUAAGGGUAUGAGAAUUGCCUGGAAUGAUGAUGAGGCACGCGAGGGAUUCAAACUAUCUAGUAUGGAGGCUGCAUCAAGCUUUGGUGAUGACCGUAUUCUGGUGGAGAAGUUUGUCGACAAUCCAAGGCACAUUGAAAUACAGGUGUUAGGUGACAAACAUGGCAAUGCUAUUUACCUCAAUGAACGUGAGUGCUCCAUUCAGCGCCGUAACCAGAAGGUGAUAGAGGAGGCACCAAGUGUGUUUCUGGAUGAAGCAACGCGCCAAGCUAUGGGGCAGCAAGCUGUUGCCCUGGCCAAACAGAUUGGUUACUCCUCAGCUGGAACUGUUGAAUUCCUUGUGGACUCCAAGAAGAACUUUUACUUCUUGGAAAUGAACACAAGACUUCAGGUAGAACACCCCAUCACUGAGUGCAUCACUGGUGUUGAUCUGGUCCAUCAGAUGAUCAGAGUUGCUAAAGGCCACCCUCUGAAGUUGUCACAGAAUGAUAUUUUCAUCAGGGGUUGGGCCAUUGAGAGCAGAGUGUAUGCUGAGGAUCCUUUCAAAAACUUUGGUCUUCCUUCAAUUGGGAGACUGUCCAAAUACCAGGAACCUCUACACUUAUCCAAGGUGAGAUGUGACAGUGGAGUGGAGGAAGGGAGUGAGAUCAGCAUAUACUAUGACCCCAUGAUCUGCAAGCUGGUGUGCUAUGGGGACAACAGGGAGGAGGCUAUUCAGCGCAGCAUUCAGGCACUAGAUGCUUAUGUAAUUAGAGGAGUCACACACAACAUCCCACUCCUGCGAGACAUUCUUACAGAGGAAAGAUUUGUGACUGGCAAUAUUUCCACAAACUACCUGCCAGAGGUGUAUCCAGAAGGGUUCAAGGGCAAGCAGGUGUCACCCAGGGAAAAGAUGGAACUGACAGCCAUUCUAGCUUCAGUGCACCUCAAGAAUGAAUUGAGAAGCAGAGUGUUUUAUAAUGAUCAGAGGAGUGCUGGGAAUACCAAGCUGCCAGAUUCUUGGGACUUAGUGGUCAAAUUUGGUGAGUGGGAGGUUCCCUGCUCUGCCAGACUCUCUCAGAACAAUUUUGAGGUGACUGUCGAUGGCACAGCAGUUACUGUGGAUGGACAUUUUGACCUGGCUUCUCCUCUCAUUGAGGCCAACAUAGAUGGUGCACAUGAAACCAUCCAACUAAUCAAGUUGGGAUCAGCAGGAGAUGUUAGAAUAAGGUACAAAGGGACAGCAUUCCAGAGUCAGGUGUUAACUCAGGCUGCCCAUUCCCUCUUGGCUCUAAUUCCUGAGAAGCCCAAGGUGGACCAGAGUAAGCAAGUCUUGUCUCCAAUGCCUGGCCUUGUCAAAACAAUUGCCUGUGUUCCCGGAGAUAUGGUGGCGGAGGGACAAGAACUGUGUGUUAUUGAGGCAAUGAAGAUGCAGAAUUCCCUGUCAGCUGCAGCUAGUGGAAAGGUGAAAGUUGUGAAUGUGAAGGCAGGAGACACUGUAGAGGAAGAGCAGGUGUUAGUGGGAGCUGGAGUAGACCAUUCAGAGACUUGUCACAAACACCUGCAAGAAUACAGGAUAAAUCAGAAGGUAAACUUUGUUGGUGCAUUUAGUAGGCACUGAUGUAAGAAUAAUACUUAGCCUAUUUCUAGAUCAGUAUGAGAUGGGUCAAAGAAAAAGCAGGAAAGAAAGUAAUAAAUUAAAGUUGAGAUCAAAGAAAAUGAUAAAUAAGACAUUGUAUCUUUCUUUAAUUUGAAAUGUAGUUUCUAGAGGAAAGAAGACUCUCUGGGUUCAUCCCUUAUAUGGUGAAUGCACUGUAUUAUUACAUGCACUCUUCUUAAGUACAGAUGUUAAGUAGUUUUGCUCCACACAUCUGAGCAUCAGUCUUCCUCUACACCCUGGCUAUUUUCUCAUGAAGUUGAGUCUGAGGCACACAUUACAAAAAUUAUUCAUAAAAUACUGUAGUGAAUUCAUUCCCUUGCUUUAAUGGUCCUGAAAUACAUGUUUGCUUCAACAGCACCUAAUGUUGGGAAUGAAUGGAAUUUGUUCAAAGCACCAAUUCAGAAGAGAUAUAUAAAAAGUGUAAUGUAGAGCAGUUUUAUUUAAAAUCUUUAAUGUUAGCUGUAGAAUCUCCAUGGCAAUGUGGCAGUGUCCAAUGUCAAUUAAAGAGUAGAUGAUUGCCUUAUAGAGCUGACAUAACUUUGCAGAGUGAUCCCGCAUCUUGUAUAUACAAAGCCAUUCCAUGGAAGCCUUUUUUAGUUUACAUAAUAUAAAAUUUAUAUUGUCCAGUAUUAUAAAGUAGAAUAUUUUUUUAUCCUUAGUUUGUAAAUUGAAAGCUGAUGAUGCAUUAUUUAAAUUGAAAAUAGAAAAAUUUAUAUGAAAUUGUAAGCUCAUGUGCAGCUUGUUGUGAUAACACUAAAAUAAAGAGAUUACUGGUAAAA